AGGGGACACGAAGGUGUUUGGGAUUGAACCAGCGGCUAGUUUCAGUGGUGUAAACAUUUCUCCUUUUACAGUGUCCAGCUCCUUUAUGUCCAUUUUAAAGCUGUUUAUUUGGGGGGGACGUUUGUGUAGUUCGUGUCCGAAAGAAGGAAGGGCCCGAAAGAAGAGGGCUGCUUUGUAAUUGGUGCUUUUCCGAGCUGCGAUGAGUGAUGUUGUUGAGAAGACCCUCAGUGCUCUCCCGGGUCUGCUGUCGCUGGAUUCUCAGCCUGGAGCCUCCAAACUUUCACCCACCUCCAAAUUAGGACACCUGGUCAGAAACAUCACUGAGCUGACAUCCAAAAAUGAAGAAGAGAAGCUCAUCACUAAAGAGCUGGCUGCUAUUAAAGAUCAGAUUUCAUCACCUUCUACUACAAUGAGACAAAUGAGGGAGCUGAUGGUGAGAGCCAUGUAUUGCGAGAUGCUCGGAUAUGAAGCCUCUUUUGCUUACAUCCAUGCCAUCAAACUGGCUCAGCAAGGCACAGUACUGGAGAAGAGAGUUGGUUACCUGGCAGUGUCACUGUUUCUUAACGAGAGUCAUGAACUGCUGUUACUGCUGGUCAAUACUGUUUUAAAGGAUCUUCAAAGCACCAACCUCAUUGAGGUCUGCAUGGCUCUGACUGUUGUAAGUCAGAUAUUUCCCAAAGACAUGAUCCCGUCCAUUCUGCCCCUGGUAGAAGAGAAGCUGUCUCAUCAAAAGGAAAUCAUUCGACGGAAAGCCGUACUUGCUUUGUACAAGUUCUACCUGAUCGCUCCGAACCAAGUGCAGCAUAUUCACAGCAAGUUUCGGAAAGCCUUGUGUGACAAAGAUCCUGGAGUCAUGAUGUCCUCGUUACACAUCUACCUACGGAUGAUUAAGGAGAACCCGGACAAUUACAAGGAGCUGACGAGCAGCUUUGUAACCAUCUUGAGGCAGGUGAUUGGAGGGAAGCUGCCAAUGGACUUUAAUUACCACAGUGUCCCCGCUCCGUGGCUGCAGAUCCAGCUGCUCCGCAUCGUGUCUCUGCUGGGGAAAGAGGACCAGAGCACGAGCGAGCUGAUGUACGAGGUCUUGGAUGAGUCUCUGCGCCGAGCGGAAACGAACCACAACAUUACUUAUGCAAUUCUGUAUGAGUGUGUUAAGGCGAUCUAUACCGUAUACCCUAAAGCCGAGCUGCUGGAAAAAGCAGCGAGAUGCAUCGGAAACUUUGUGCUGUCUCCGAAGAUCAACCUGAAGUACCUGGGGUUGAAAGCUUUAACAUACGUGGUUCAGUAUGAUGCCAACCUCGCUCUGCAGCACCAGAUGACUAUUAUCGAAUGUUUGGAUCACUCAGACCUCAUCAUCAAGAGAGAGACUUUAGAGCUGCUCUUCAGGAUCACGAACGCUCAGAACGUCACCGUGAUCGUGGAGAAAAUGUUGGGAUUCCUCCGGCUUUGUAACGAUAACUACACCAUCGUCGAUCUUGUGGGAAAAGUGGCCGAGUUGGCUGAAAAGUAUGCUCCAGAUAACGAGUGGUUCAUUCAGACUAUGAACGCAGUGUUCUCUCUCGGUGGUGACCUGAUGCAGCCGGAUAUCCCCAACAACUUCCUCAGGCUGCUGGAAGAGGGUUCAGACGUGGAGGAGGAGGACCGGCAGCUCAGGCUGUAUGCAGUGGACUCGUAUAUGGCAGUGCUGAAGGGCGACUGUUCACACCUGCCCCAGUGUUUCCUACAAGUCAUCAGCUGGGUGCUUGGAGAGUACUCCUGCGUGAGGGAAGGCCUGGAUCAGCGUGAGGUCGUGGUGCUCCUGAAGAAGCUGUUGGAGCAGAGAGGAGUGAGCUCAGAGACCAGGAGCUGGGUGCUGUGUGCUCUCACUAAGCUGUGUACGAGCUCUGGAUCUGCAGAGCUGGUACUGGAGCUGGCAGAGAGCUCGGCCUCGUCCCUGGACACGGUUCUGCGCCAGCAGGCUUAUGAGCUUCUGUGUCUCAGCCGGGACUCGCAGCUCCACGCUCGGGUACUGCACCAAUCCAGAGCCAGCACGCAGGUGGACUCCUCUCUCUCAUUUCUAGAUGGGUUUGUAUCUGAAGCUCUAGCUGCAGGAGCUGCUCCGUAUAAACCCCCUCAUCAGAGACAGGAAGAGCUGUGUCAGCAGAGAGCGCUGAGUUUGGAGCCGUACGGACUGUCUCUGCCUGUGGGCAUGUCCUCUUGUACGCUCACAGAUAGACAGUCUCCAACUCUCCUGUCUGUGAGUUCUGGCCUCUCUGGUAACAGCACUGAACCAUCCCUUAGGACAGAAGCGAGCACGCUCGUGUUGGACGGUGUGAAGAGGGUGUGGGGGAAGGAGGGUUAUCUGUCUCAGAAAGAGUCUUCAGAAACGUCGGCGGUUGUAGACGAGCUGAAGAGUGUACUUCAGUCAUGCAACCAGGAAGUGGCUACACACGCUCCCCAGCCCCAGCUUGAGCCUCCACACGUGGACCAGGAGAAGCAGCAGCUGGCGUCGUCUCUGUUUGUUGGACUGGGCUCUCAAAACUCCAUAUCUCUGUUGGAGAAAACUGAGGCUCCAGCUCCUCGAUUCAGACGUAAACACCGCCACCACGAGUCAGCAGCAUCAUCAUCAUCAUCAUCGAGCACCAGAGAGACAUCCACGGACUCCUCUCAGUCUUCCCGGCGCAGGACGGACGCCUUAUACGACAGCUUGCUGGAAGAGGAGCCGGUUACACACCCGCAGGACUCAAACCACACGUCUACCCUGAUGUCCACUACAGUAAACGGCAGCUGUGAUACGACGCGGCCCAGCCAGACAACCAAUGGUUUGGGUGAAAAUGAAGCAGACACUGCUGAUAGGCUGCUGAUCAGACCUGACGCUCCAGCGGACCAAGCCUCAGUAGCGCCUCAAAACGGUUGUCCUGAUACCACUGUUCUACACUUACCGUCUGAAUUGGAAGACCUGCCUCGCUCUGACGUUAUCAGCUUGACCUCUGACCCCCACCUGUCCGUCUCUUGCUGCCGCGUCUACAGAGAAGAUGCUCUGCUGCUUGUGCUGUUCGCCUGCAACACCACAGAGACGCCGCUCCGCGAUGUCGCCGUUGAACUGAGCUGUGAGGAGCUGGAGAUGGCGAGUCUAAGAGGAAACGUGAUGGAGCGUUUGGACGGCAGGGAUUCAUCAGUGUGCCGUUACACUCUGCUGAUGGAGAGACCUCACAUUCAAGUGACCUUCAGAGGAGCGGUGUUGUACCAAACACAGUCCGGACAUUCACACACUCUGCUGUUCUCUGGCCAUCUCUCCACUGCUGACUUCAUAAGGCCACUGAUGCUGAGCACAGAGGAGUAUGGUAAAUUGUGGCUGUCCUUCUCUAAUGAUGUGAAGCAGAACCUGAAACUGCUGACCGGUGCUAGAGGACCUCUCAUUACCACUCUCGACGCUCUUCAGGAAAGCCUCCGGCUACACACGGUGCACAUCAUCGGUUCAGAGGGCAUCGUGGCCUGUCGUCUGCUGAGUGGCGCCCCCUGUCUGAUGCACUGUCGUGUACAUGGCUCCUCUCUGGCUGUAUGGCUGCGUUCUCCUCUGAAUGCUUUCCCUGACUGUCUCCUCUAUCACUGCCAGAGAGUCCUGCAAGAACCCUGAGCAUCAGAAACUCUAUGCAUCAAUCCUCAACUGAAAUGUCUUACAAUCUUCCUGCUAACUCGGUAUGAUUUGAAGAUUAUGAACGAAGAAGCCUGUCCGUGGAUGUGACGAGAUCUUCCUUGAAGUAAUGACCGACUGUAAAGCAAUACAUCGGCUGUCUUUCUUUAACGAACUGCUUUAUAAUCCUAAUGGUAUUUUUUUUCUUUCUUUUGUAAUUGAACCUAAUUCCUGAGCUAAGGUGAUGUCACACUAAUGGUGUAUAUCAAAAAAAAAAAAAAUAUAUAUAUAUAUAUAUUUAUUGUUUUUCAAACUUUAAA